CAAUGGGCCUACGAGUUUUAAUUUUCGACGCGGGAACAGGCAAUUUGUCGCCUGUCUCUGUCCAGCGCGGUUGGGAUAACAAUAACAAUAACAACAACAACAACAGCAACAACAACAACAUUAAGAACAAUUGCCUAGUUGCCUGGGUGGCUGGCUGUCAGCCAAGUGGAGCAGCAGCGGCAGCACAAAGUCUGGGUCUAAGUACGAUUAACGGCAUGAGUUUUGUAUAUUAGAGGAAGCGCACAU